AUGUCAUCCUUGUCCUCAUCCAGCCGGCCAGAUGAUAUUCUAUGGACUGAUUUCGAUAACCUUCGACACAGCGUCAAAUCGUAUACCGUCGACAGACUCAAGCAAAUCAUCACCGGUAUUAAUGAAGAGAACAAAGUCAAUUUGUCGAAGUCCGGCAAAAAGCAGGAUCUCAUAGACAAAAUAACUGGAGAAUUGGAUCGGUAUCGUUAUUUGCGACAAACUGAAUUAUGGACGAACGCAAAGACUGUCCUUUACCAGGUUAAGAACUCCGGCACGUAUGCGAGCUCGGGCCCCACUCAGUCGUUCUCCGCCAACCACAACUUCACGUUCAAUAACGCACACGGCUCUGCGUUUACCCCUCCUCGAGCACAAUCAGGUGGCUUUCAUAACAUGGCUAGUGCUAGUAGCAGCUCUAUAGGACGCUACGAUCCGUAUGCUCCUCCUCGCAGACCACUUCCAGGUCAGACAACGUCGUCCCCGGUUAAAUCCGGUUUUGGAACUUCAGCUUCUAUACGUUUCAAAUCAUCUCCAUUCUUCAAAACCGAACAACCCGUCUCGAAUGUCAUUGAAUGUCCAGAGUCGUCAAGCAACGUAGACAGGAGAACCCAAAAUCUCAAUUUUACGCUUACUCAAGAACACAUCAACAAACUGACUUCGCCUGGGUCCAAGUACCAACUUCGACUGUACUGCACUACGAAUUCGUUUUAUUCCUCUUCUCCAUCUGGGUUUCGAUCCAACACGACACUGUGUCCUAUCGAGUUUCCUGCCACAUGCGAAGUCCGCGUGAACAAUACCCCUCUACAGGCUAACUUGAAGGGUAUCAAGAAAAAGCCCGGGACGGCGCCCCCGGCAGAUCUGAGCAAAGUAGUCCGGAUGGUUGUCGGUCAACCAAAUAGAGUUGAGAUGAUUUACGUGAAUAGCCAACCGAACUCUCCACCCAAAAAAUUUUACUUGGUUGUCUUCCUUGUCGAAGUUUCCACUGUGGAUGAGCUUGUAGAUCGGCUGAGGAAGGGCAAGUUCAGGAGUUCGGAGGAGAUUAAAGCUCAAAUGGCGAAGUCGGCGGUUGAAGAUGACGACAUUGUCGUGGGGAAACAGAAGAUGACCCUAAAAUGUCCAUUGAGCUAUACACGGAUAAUAAUUCCCUGUCGCUCAAGUAAAUGCGUUCACCCACAAUGCUUUGAUGCUGUUUCGUGGUAUUCUGUCAUGGAGCAGACGACAACGUGGCUAUGCCCCGUUUGCGAGAAAACACUGAAUCCAGAAGAACUGAUCGUCGAUGGUUAUUUUGGAAGCAUUCUUGAACAAACGCCGGACAGCGUCGAAGAGGUGGAGGUGGAAGCCGAUGGCGAAUGGCAUACGAUUGACAACAAGAUCGGAUCGAAGGGCUGGAUGCAGACGCAUCGUUCUAAGCCAGCGGACAGAAGCGCAUCAACGUCAGGGGCGAACGCAAGCAAUCAGCCUCGGUCAUCGACGUCAGUGCCACCUCGAAUUGGUGCACCUAACACAGACGCAGUUGCUCAGUCUCUCGAAGAUGUGGUCGUUCUGGAUUCUGACUCAGACAACGAGGAUGAGAGGCGAGUUAAGAGGGAACUGUCGCCAACCACUUCUCCUAUUUCUAUGGACACAAAUAAGAACGGAUUCGGGCCUGCAACUACAAAAGCAGCGUCCUCCACCGUGAUUGACUUGACGCUAGACUCCGAGGAUGAAGAUGCCCCGCAGACGGCGCCAGUAGCGGCUAUAAAACGUAAAGCGUCGGAUACUUUGGAGAGGGCCGAAGAUGCGAUAUACAAGAAGAGUCGCUUGUCUGCUACACCCAUGCCGGCUGCAGGAGGAGAAAGAAUACACAAUGGCUAUUCCAAUAGGGAUUCGUCAGUAUCUUCUGGCCCAGACGCUCAUCCCCAGUCACCUUAUUCUCGAAUCACACUACCACUCCCCCGCCAAGUUUCCGGCUCUGCGAACAAUCAUCAUCAUCAUUCGCCACCGAUCGCGACUUCUCCACCCGCUUACUACCCGCCGCCGCCUCAGAUACCAACGCCGAACGCGCGUCAAUUUGUUCCUUACACGCCUUCUUAUCACUCACAACCGCCCUCAAUGAAUGGUUCUAGUGUGCCGUAUAAUGGAGCAGCACCGGACACGGGUCGGCAGGGGGCACCGUCGUAUUAUCCAUAUGUUCCCCGUUCGACUGGGCCAGGGGGUCCACGUUGGACGUAG